AUGUCUUCCUCUGAUUCAAGACGUGGAGUGCGUAAACGUACACAUGACAGAGCCUUUAGUGGUCAUUCAACUGCUGUAAACUCGUUACCUUCAUCUUGUAAUGGUCAAAAACCCCCUUCGAGUGUACAUUUCAAGUCUAAAUCUAUGUCUACAAGUUUGAAAAGAAUACAAAAGGAAUUAACGGACAUCAUGUCAGACCCUCCUCCCAAUUGCAGUGCAUUUCCGCGAGGAGAUAAUCUCUAUGAAUGGGUAUCAACUUUAUUAGGUCCUCAAGGAUCUGUUUACGAAGGUGGAAUAUUCUUCCUCGACAUUCACUUUUCUAUGGAGUAUCCGUUUAAGCCCCCAAAAGUAAUUUUUAAAACUCGUAUCUAUCACUGCAAUAUUAACAGUCAAGGUGUGAUUUGCCUAGAUAUUCUCAAGAAUAAUUGGUCUCCUGCUCUUACCAUUAGUAAAGUUCUACUGUCCAUUUGCUCGUUACUUACUGAUUGCAAUCCUGCCGACCCGCUUGUUGGAUCUAUUGCUAGCCAAUACAUGCAUAACAGAUCAGAACAUGAUCGCAUUGCACGACUGUGGACACAAAAAUAUGCAAAUUCUGCUACUUAUCCCUCUACUGGACAUUCACAUGGUAUGAAUGCGGAUUCCGAGUCUUCUAGGAGAGGACCACGUAUCACGCUAUCCCCCACCCCAAGAUCAUCAGAUUCCGGGCAUUCAGGCUUCGCGUCGUCAAACAAAGACGAGAUUUUAACGGAAGUACCAUGUACAGAAAGCAGUAGUGCAAGUGCCUGUACAAGCAUUGGUGCUAGAAGUGAUGGAGGAGAAAGUGUAGAUGAAGUUCUCGAAGACGACACUCCCGCAGCUUCUACAGAAACAACUAUUGCCCAUUCAUUCACUCCGGCUUAA